CAUCAAGUGGGCGUAACCUGACGGUAGAUAAAAGCUAAAAAAAAACUUUGAUGCAACCUCGACAAUUUUUUUGCGGAAAAUUUUAGUUUUGUUUUUUUAAAUCUCCGUCCCUGAACAUAAAAAAUGUUAGAGCCUUUCAAGUACAUUUUGAAUGCAAGAAGAAUUAUCCUUGCCAGUGGUUCCCCUCGAAGAAAAGAAGUCCUCGACAAUAUUGGUCUUAAAUUUGAGGUCAUUCCAUCUAUUUUUGAAGAAAAUUUAGACCCAGCAAGUUAUCAUGACCCAUCUGAUUUUGUGAUUGAUACUGCAGCUCACAAAGUAGAGGAAGUUUACGAGAGAUUGAAAAAUGACGCUAAGAAGCCGGAUUUAAUUAUUGGCGCAGACACUGUGGUCGUUUUUGAAAGUCAAAUCUACGGAAAGCCAAAGAGUGAAGAUCACGCUUUUGAAAUGCUGAAAAAAUUUUGUGGAAAAUCACAGUUUGUGUACACAGGAAUUGUUUUAAAAACAAACAAAGAAACAGUGAAGUUUUUUGAGAAAUCAGAAGUCACCUUUGGAGAACUGACCGACGAAAUGAUCAAGGCAUACAUAAAAACUGGAGAGCCAAUGGACAAAGCAGGAGGAUAUGGGAUCCAAAGUAUAGGAGGAACGCUUGUGAAGAGUGUGAAUGGCGAUUAUUUUAACAUUGUCGGCUUUCCAGUGUACCACUUUUGCAAACAACUUGUAGGCUUGGUGGAGCGUUCAAAAUUGGAAUAAAAUCAAGAAAAGUGUGGCCCGAGGUAAAUAAACAAUUUUAUUCGUCGACACUAAAUUAUAUUACACAAGCACUGUCUGUUAUGUACAUCCUUGCGUCAAAUGCUCUCUAGUCAGAAAUACAAUUAAAUGCCUCACUUGCUCUGUGCACAACACCUUAAAAUGGAAUGAUAGAGAGCAGUAGGAAUCAUUCUUUCUGUCUCGAUUCUAAACAUUAUUAACACAGAUCAACAGUAAAUUAUUAUUUUAAUUGCUAAAGUACAGAGAGUUACAAGUAUUACAAGUUCAAAUUCCAGCACAUAAUAGUAGGUUGUUUGUCUCUUACGAAUAUAAUUAUAAUUAUGCUGUGUCAAGUCAGUGAAUGUGUGGUGUGGUGUGUGAGUUUGUGAAUGUAUAACAAUCAUAAUGUUGUAUAAUACACACGCUUGAAAAUCAAGUACCAAAAUGCGGCAAUCACAGAAUCUAUAUAAUAUUAUUCAGUAUGACAAUGACACACCGUUCGAAUUGUCACUGUGAACAAAGACAAUAGUAAUGAUUAAUAUCUUAAGCAUGCUUUCUUUGAUAGCUUGGAGAGCACAAUUUUCUGCAAAAC